UUCAUUGUGAUUUUAUCAACAACACAUGUAUGAACCUUUAAAAGCCAACAUGUGUGUUGAUGUGUAGAAACGUCGUCUUCAUGUCCUCAGAGACUCUUCAUCAUCAUGUAUUCAUGUUCACCACAUUAACCACCGUUUAAUGUCCCUCUGGUGAUGUCCAUACAUGGGGCCCACAUGGGGGCCAAAGGGCAGCCGUUUAUGGAGCCCACAUAGACACACUGGCUGAGUUCCCAGAAAUCCCAGCAGCUCCUGAAGAGGACGUUAUUAACCCAUUGGUGUUCUCUGAAGAAAUGUUUAGUCAAACAAAUGCUCGUCAUCAUGCUGUCCAGGUGGCCCCGUCCCUCACUGCUCCUCCUCUUCCUCCUCAUCCAAUCAACUGUGUCCUCUCUGUCUGCUGACAACACCACAGAAGACCUCCAGGAGGUGACUCUGGCGGCCAUCUUGCCUCUGACGAACACGGAUUAUGCGUGGGCGUGGCCUCGCGUGGCGCCGGCGCUCCUCCAAGCGGUGCGCCGGGUGAACGCGGACCCCUGGCUGCUGCCGGGCCUGAAGCUCCAGCUGGUUCACGGCACCUCCGAGAACGGCGACGGCUUCUGCUCGGACUCCAUGGCGCCGCUGAUGGCCGUCGACCUCAAGCUGUCCCAUGACCCCUGGGCCUUCGUCGGCCCCGGCUGCGACUACUCCUCCUCGCCGGUCGCCCGCUUCACCACACACUGGGACGUUCCCAUGGUGACAGCCGGCGCCCGCGCCAUUGGCUUCGAGCACUACUCGGCGGUCACCAACACGGGCCCCACCCACCAGAAGUUGGGAGAGUUCGGCCUGAAGAUCCAGGACACCUUUGGCUGGCGGCAGCACGCCAUGCUCAUCUUCAGCGACAACAAGGACGCCAACGACGACCGGCCGUGCUACUUCGCCGUCGAGGGGCUCUACACGCUGUUCGGCAAACAAAACAUCACCAUCCGCGACCACGUCAUCGAGACCGACAACGUCAACUACAAGGCGGUCGUUCAGGAGAUCCGCGACAACGGCCGAGUGGUGUACCUGUGCUGCUCCUAUGACAUCCUCAGGACUCUGAUGGUCCAGUUCUGGAGGGACGGGGUGGAGUUGGAGGACUACGUCUUCUUCUUCAUUGAUCUUUUUGCUGAGGGUCUGGGGGGGCUGGGCCCCAUCAGGCCAUGGUACAAAGGAGACCAGGACGACUCUGCCGCCCGCCACGCCUUCAGGAGUGUGAAGGUGUUAACCUACCUGGAGCCUCAGAAUCCAGAAUACCUUCAGUUUGUUGAAACUCUGAAGAACGACGCAAAGGACCUCUUUAACUUCACCAUCCAAGACUCUCUGUAUAACCUGAUAGCUGCAGGUUUCCAUGAUGGAGUCAUGAUGUACUCCAAGGCUCUGAACGAGACACUGAGCGAGCAGAGACCAGGACCAGGACCAGGAGGAGUCCCGAGGCCCAGAGGAGACGUGGUGACCAGGAAGAUGUGGAACAGAACCUUCUCAGGAGUGACGGGUGUGGUGGAGAUGGACGAGUUUGGGGACAGACAGAUGGACUUUGCCGUGUGGGACACGACCGACGUUGAGUCCGGAGAGUUCCAGGUGGUGUGUGUGUACAACAGCAGUAUGAAACAGCUGAUCAUGCAGGGUGGGCGGAGCUUCCAGUGGCCAGGUGGCGCUCCACCUCCAGACGUCCCAAAGUGUGGCUUCAAAAACGACAAACCAGCCUGCCUCGCACGUACCGUGACGAUGCAGCAGAUGGUUGCCAUAGUGAUCUGCUUUGUCUUUGUCAUCAUUGUUACUGUGACGGUCUUCAUCUACAGGAAGUUGAAGCUGGAGAGCGAGCUGGCGGCUCAGCUGUGGAGAGUUUCCUGGGACGACGUCCAGAUGAGCAACCUGGACAAAGUCCUGAGGAGAGCCUGCAGCAGACUCACUAUGUCUCUGAAAGGAUCCACCUGCGGCUCUCUGAUGACCAUGGAGGGGAACUUCCAGAUCUACACCAAGACUGGAUACUACAAGGGAAACCUGGCAGCCAUCAAGUAUAUCAACAAGAAACGAAUCGAACUGACCAGGAAAGUUCUGUUUGAACUAAAACAUAUGCGAGAUGUUCAGAAUGAGCACCUGACUCGCUUCAUUGGCGCCUGCAUUGACGCGCCAAACAUGUGCAUCAUCACAGAGUAUUGUCCCAGGGGCAGCCUACAGGACCUGAUGGAGAGCGACAGCAUCACUCUGGACUGGAUGUUCAGAUACUCUCUCAUCAACGAUAUCGUCAAGGGCAUGUUGUUCCUCCACAACAGCGUCAUCGUCUCCCACGGCAACCUGAAGUCCUCUAACUGUGUGGUGGACAGUCGCUUCGUCCUGAAGAUCACUGAUUAUGGUCUGGAGAGUCUGAGGACCAGCAGCUGCCACGAGGACACGCACGCCCACUACGCACGUCAACUGUGGACGUCUCCGGAGCUGCUGAGGACAGAGUGUCCCCCCCCCUGUGGGACUCAGAAAGGAGACGUCUAUAGCUUCAGUAUCAUCCUGCAGGAGGUCGCUCUGCUGAGAGGAGUCUUCUACCUCGAUGCCCUCAACCUCACUCCUAAAGAGAUUGUCCAAGCGGUGGUUCAUGGCGAUGCCCCCCCCCUCCGUCCCUGGCUGUGCGUCCACAGUCACAGCGAGGAGCUCGGCGUCCUGAUGCAGCGCUGCUGGAGUGAAGAACCUGGAGACAGACCGGACUUCAACACCGUCAAGAUCCUGCUGAGGAAGCAGCACAGGGGUUAUGGGUCCAACAUCUUGGACAACCUGUUGUCCCGUAUGGAGCAGUACGCCAACAACCUGGAGGAGCUGGUGGAGGAGAGAACGCAGGCGUACCACGAGGAGAAACGCAAGGCCGAAGUACUACUGUACCAGAUACUACCACAUUCCGUAGCAGAACAGUUGAAACGAGGUGAGACGGUUCAGGCCGAAGCUUUCGACUCCGUCACCAUUUACUUCAGUGACAUCAUCGGCUUCACCUCCCUGUCUGCUGAGAGCACGCCACUGCAGGUCGUGACCUUGUUGAACGAUCUCUACACCUGCUUUGACGCCAUCAUCGACAACUUUGAUGUUUACAAGGUGGAGACCAUCGGCGACGCCUACAUGGUGGUGUCCGGUCUGCCGGUGAGGAACGGGAAGAUCCACGGGCGGGAGGUUGCCCGGAUGUCCCUUGCCCUGCAGGACGCCGUCACAAGCUUCAGGAUCCGACACCGAGCCAAUCAGCAGCUCCAGCUACGCAUCGGCAUACACAGCGGUCCGGUGUGUGCAGGUGUGGUCGGGCUGAAGAUGCCCAGGUACUGUUUGUUUGGAGACACCGUCAACACAGCGUCACGCAUGGAGUCCAACGGAGAGGCUCAGAGGAUUCAUGUGUCGGAGGCGACCCGUGAGGUUCUGCAGGAGUUCGGCUGCUUCCAGCUGCAGCUCAGAGGAGAGAUUGAGAUGAAGGGAAAAGGACGCAUGAGGACAUACUGGCUGAUGGGAGAGGACAACAACGACUGACGGAGGAGAGGACAACACCGACUGACGGAGUAGAUUCACGACACCGACUGACGGAGGACAGGACGACAACAGACGGAGGAGAGGACGAUACUGACUGAUGGAGGAGAGGACAACGACUGACAUAGGAGAGGACAACACCGACUGACGGAGGACAGGACGACAACUGACGGAGGAGAGGACGACAACUGACAGAGGACAGGACGACAACUUACGGAGGAGAGGACGACACCUACUGACGGAGGAGAGGACGAUACCGACUGACGGAGGACAGGACGACAACUGACGGAGGACAGGACGACAACUGACGGAGGAGAGGAUGACAUCGACUGACGGAGGAGAGGACGACGACUGACGGAGGACAAGACGGAGUGAUGUCCUACAGGACAGACUGACAGACGUCACAAACAACCAGCUGGUAUUAAAGCCCUCCUCCUCCUCUCUUAUUGGACGUUGACCUCUGACAUCAUUUUAAAUGAGGGAUCAGGAUUUGAGGAUUUAAACAGAUGAAUGUUUCACUGUAAUAAUAAAUCAGUUGAAGUUAAUUGUGUAAAUACAAAAAUCAACUGUGUGUGCUUUAUUCUCUCUGUUUUAUUGUCAUUAUUAAAGUAACAUUUGAUUUUAUUUUGUAAUAAUUUCUGGACAGAACUUCUCCAUUCAAACCAAAGAAUACAUCUUUUUAUUAUUGAUUAUUGGGAACUUUAUUCUUCUUAUAUGUUGUGUUUUAUGUUUGUCUGUAGACAUAUUUUUGUAUGUUUAGCUGGAAACUGACUAGAAAUAAUUAAAAAUGUGUUAAUUGUAAAUGUAAAAAUUGAUAUUAGUUCCUAUUAAUAAUUUCCAGGAAACUUCUUGGAAAUAAUUUGUAAAUUUAAGGACCUGUAAAAUAAAGUGGAUAUUAAAACUACAAUACC